AUGUACUUCAUCGUUUACCAGUUGGCGGAUAUCUUUCCGGUUAAAAACUUUUUCACAAGAAGAAACUUCGUGCCGGACCGACAAACAUGGCUGAAAGGCAUCUUGGAUCUGCUGCCACGACAGAUGACUAAGAACUACCCGGCUUUGGCAGCGAUACUGCAUGAGUAUGAGCCAACAAAGCGACCAGGUUUAAUGGCUUCUGCUCCUGGAGCACAGUCACCUUUGAUCGUUCGAAGCCUUCAGUGGGCGUCUUCUUAUGUUGACUUUGCUCAUGGCUUGGCCACCGAUUUGCAACGGGAACCUUGA